UUAUGGCCGUGUUAGGCCCAAAUGUGAGUGUAAAUAUGAACGGGCAUAGUAAUAUUCAUAGUCAGUUAACAAAAUCUCUGGAAAGAAUUUUGGAGGAUGCUUAUUUGAGUGGUGAAUUAAAAUUGAGCGGCCGUAAGUUGCGGGAGUUCCCGAAACCAGUGAAAUAUGAUUUGAGUGAUACAGUUGUGGCUGAUUUAUCAAAGAAUCGAUUCAGUGAAGUGCCCGAUGAAGUGACGACGUACAUUUAUUUAGAAAAAUUAUUAUUGUCACAGAACAUUAUAAGAUGUGUGCCAGAUGGAGUUGGUGGGCUACAGUCGCUCACAUAUUUAGAUCUAAGUUCAAAUCAGCUCCCGGAGCUUCCGCGAGAGGUGUGCCUAAUGCCGCUUCAAGUUCUUCUAGUCCCAGAUAACGUACUUACAAGUUUACCAAAGGAAAUCGGCAAGAUGACCACAUUAGCUGAACUAGAUGCAUCCAACAAUAGGCUCACUCAAGUCCCCAUGACGCUGGGGGACUGUGCUGGACUACGGUGUUUGGACCUUAGUAAUAAUCAAUUAGGACUUCUGCCAUUACAGAUCACGUACCUUCGACUUGAGCACCUGGACGUGAGCUGUAACUGCAUAUCCUCCCUUCCACUGGAGCUUCGCAACAUGAGCACUAUCAUAACUUUAAACCUGGACAACAAUCCCCUCGUCUCCCCACCCACCACAAUUUGCAUGCGCGGGCGCGUGCACAUAUUCAAGUACCUGGAAAACAUGGCCAACAAGGACUCCCUUCCGGCGCACAGGCGAGUGGACGAGACCAGGCGGGCCACCAAACACAGUUCAUACAUCAGCUCUCCCAACAGCGCCCAUAUAACGUCAGGAAACGCGACCAUCGACUGUUUGAGGCAUAAGCCGAGGCAUGUCGUCGAUAGUGGCUACUGUACAGAUGGUGUUGACAAGAGGUGGUCGAACGAUGCGGGCGGCGAAGCAGGCGGAGGGUCGGGUAGAUCAACUCCAAGCACACCGUCAACUUUGUCUCCCGGCGCUGCUCUGUCGCGCACACAAUCUCUGUCCAGUGAAACCCCCCUAGCCCCUCUCACGCCUAUACUCACAGGCCUCCGUAUAUCACCCGAAGGGACCAUUUCCAAUGGCGACGAUAAGAGUAAAUUAGCUCAUCAACAAACCUACAGACAAUACAAAGAAGCUUUAAGACAGCAGCGUCAACAGGACGUCUACAGACCCCGAACGGACCAACCCUCACCAGAACUCGACUCCUCACCUCACUCCCAAAGCCCGAUCCACUUCCAAAAGUCCCCGCACUCCCCGAUCAACGGCUACAGUAAUGUGUUACCUUACAACCGAUCACUAUCUAACCCUGUCUCAUCUAAUUCUAACUCACCGAACGCACCAAGCUCGCCCAUACUCCAUUCCACACCAAGACGCUUUCAAUCACAAAAUGGCAACCCUGAGAAACCGGAGGAAACGAAACGGCCCGUCCAGAAAGUUGUACCGUCGAGGAACGUCAAUAAAAUGUACUCCUCAGUUAACGGAAACAUUGAUUACACCAGAGUGAACGGUUCCGAAACGUAUACGAAACCAACUUCACCCACUAAAUCACCCACAAAUACACUUGGAUACAGUAGUCUCAAAUCAAAUAUACCUCGAACUGUGAAUGAUGCUAAGCUGUUAACGACAACGGUGUCGUACUUGAAAGGUGCUGGCGCGAAGCCUGCGGGCAAGAUUGCAUGGAAUAAAGACGGUCCGCCCGAUAAACUCAGCUUCACCAUGAAGAGGGAGUUCGAUAAGCAAAAGGAGGAGUCUGAGCUGUUACAGCAGUUGAGAGCGAUAAUAGAGUCGCGGCUGAAAAUGUCUCUACCUGACCAACUGGCGCCAGUAUUGGCGGAUGGAGUAGUGUUAUGCCAUCUCGCCAAUCACGUUCGGCCGCGAUCGGUUGCCUCUGUGCACGUACCGUCGCCUGCGCAGCCAAAGUUAACAAUGGCGAGGUGCAGACGAAACGUGGACAAUUUCUUAGAGGCAUGUCGAAAAAUUGGCGUUGAAGAGGAAGACAUCUGCUCCUCCGAUGAGAUACUGGGCGAGGCUGCGGGACAAAGCCUAGCCGCCCUCGCCUGCACCAUACAAGCGCUACUGGAACAUACGCACCGCUCGCCAAAGGAUAUCCAACCAGACCCGUACACCCAAAAUGAUAACCUUGAAAAUUACCCUCCGAAUGAUUCCACGGAUACGGAUAUCGACUCCCUGGAACUCAAUUACAACCAACAACCCUAUCAAGUGAAAAGUAGAUACAGUGACGAAAGGUACAUAAGCAAUUUCAAUUUCGACAACCAGAACUACACUUUCGACGAAUCCGAAGAAUACCAGUUGAACUACGAGAAUAACAACACUGAACUACAAAACCUUCAGUACUCUCCAGUUUACAACAACGAGUUGAGAAUCCGUGGACCUUAUUACCAUAACAAUAGAAUACAAUUCGUGACGCCAUUCUGCAAAGGAGACGGAGUUUUGAAGAGCGGCAAUUUCGAAAUCUACGACACAGAUGAAGUUGAUUUUCCAGUGGAUUCAAUAGAUGCGGUAGACUCAGCAAUGUGCAAUGAGAAUGUCGAAACAGAGAGGUAUGAUAGGGGAAAGAUGAAUCUCGAUAUACAAUUGAAUUAUAAUAAUGAUAUGGCAGUGCGAGUUGAAACUGCCACUGAAAGGGAGAAUAGGAUUUUCUACACGUGUCUAUGCCUCGGGAGUUUUAUCUUGUCGGCUAUCUUACUGAUUCUAUAUCCUUUGUAAAUUGGUUAUGGUACUUCCAAGAAUUUAAUGUUAAGAAUUGCGUAGAAGUACAUUG